CUGCAGUGUUCGUGGACUUUUAACCUCGCAGAAUGUUUUUCUCUUCAGAUGCUGCAGCAGCGCGGAAACCUCCAGCUCAUCCCACCACAGCGGUCAUGGUGAAGGAGGCAAUUAAAAUGCUGGACUCGCGCAAAGGUGUGUCCUCCCAAGCGAUUCAGAGCUACAUCAAGCAGACGUACCCCUCAGUGGACCCGGUCCGGCUGAAGCACUUGGUGCGCAAUGGCUUAAGAAAAGGACUGGAAAAUGGCACUCUAGUGAGGCCCGCCAACUCCACCGUCCCUGCAGGAGCCACAGGGAAAUUUAGGCUGGGCCCUGAAACCAAAAAGUCCAAAUCCGAGAACAAGGACCCAAAUGUGACGAAGGCCCCAAAAGCUGACAAAGAGAAACCAAAGCCCAAGAAAGGAGGUAUAGUUUCAAUGAUGGAGAUCAGUCUGCAAUGA